AUGAAGACUUUCGCAGCAUUUUUGGUCGUGGCCUUGUACUCGACGGCGGCGGUUCAAUGCAAUCUUCCGCAUUACACAUUCGUCAAAAGCUUCCUCCAAGGAAUUCAGGAAUGUGCCGAAUAUUACGAGAUCUCCAGUUGCGACUUGAAUGGUUUCAUUCAAGCUUCGUACCCGAACAGUGCCAUCGUUAAGAAGUUGAUUCGCUGUACCCUGUUGAAUCUGCAGGCUUAUGACGACAACAGUGGAAUCAUUGAGAGCGCCUUCCAGAAUUGGUUCAGUCCGGCUCCUGAAGACACUUGUUAUCUGAACAGAACCCGGGAGUGCAUUGCCAACUCGGUCUCCGAAGGUCAGGAUAACGACAGCAAAGCUUAUGCCGUGUUUCAGUGCUACUACAGCCAGUACGGAAAUCUGGUAGACAGUGAGCAAUUCGUCAUCAACUCUCCGAACGAAGUCAAGACCCUGGCCAAUGCUGCUUUGGUCAUUGCCAACCUGCCACAGUGCGUCCUCAAUGAAUACAGCCAGGGUAACAUCAUCGACGAUUCCAACUUCCCAGCCGUGUUGUUGACCCAGUAUGUCCGAGGAGGUUACUACACCAUCGAAGGUGGUCUGCAACUGAACGUCCUGUACACCCAAUAUGGUAACCCAGAACUGCUGGCCCCACAAACUCAACAGUGCGUUGAUGCUGCCGUUGCUGCCGCCCCUCAUGGAGCAAGCAAUGCCGAAAUCUUGGCCAGCAUUUUCCGAAACUGUCUGUCCCACAUUGUGCCAACUCUCCAGGAACUGCAAGAUGCUGCCGCCGAGCUACUGGCCGCCGUAAGCUUCCCAGCUCCGACCUGUGGAUGCGAUGUGUGCGCCGAUGAUGCCCCGGCCCCGUUCUACAAUCGGAUCGUCCGAAGGCGUUAG